UUCACGCAAGUAAUUUCCGGCCACGUUAAAAUAGCUUGUUUAGAUGAAAUUUUGACCGGGACGUCGAUUGAUUAAUUAGACAUUAUUCGUAAAUUCAUUCUGGUUUAAAUGUGUCGAAAGUAGUGUACUAAACAAAGAACUAACAAAGAAUGGACUACUGGUCGAUCUGCCUGUUAUUCGUCUCGCUGUUUGGUACAAUAUUACAAACUGGUGGCGUCGAGCUAACCUUUGAACUACCCGACAAUGCGAAACAAUGUUUUUUUCAGGAAAUUGAGAAAAAUGCAACGGUUAAGCUCGAAUUUCAGGUCGUGACUGGUGGACAAUACGAUGUAGAUGUAACUUUGGAAGCUCCAAAUAAAGAGAUCAUCUAUUCGCAAAUAAAAACACAGUUUGAUUCGCGGCAAUUUACAGCCCCAAUGACCGGAGCAUAUCAAGCUUGUUUCAGCAAUGAGUUCUCUACAUUUUCACACAAGCUUGUCUACAUGGAUUUUCAAGUAAAUGACCAACUACCGCUUGCUGGUCUUGCAGAACAUGUGACUGUUAUGACUCAGAUGGAGUCUUCUGCGCAUGAGGUGCACGAGAAUUUGAAAAAGAUUUUAGAUAUUCAAACACAUCAUCGAUUAAGAGAAGCACAGGGUCGUAAACGUGCAGAGGAUUUGAAUGGUCACGUACUCAUAUGGUCUGCUAUGGAAACAGUAACAAUUUUGAUCAUAUCGGUGGGGCAGGUGAUGAUUCUAAAGGCUUUCUUCACAGAGAGAAAGGCUUAGUACAUUCAUUAGUUUAUCCGCGAAUGACAAUGUUUUUUUCGUUCGCAAUAAAAUAACUUAUCCAUCCGGACGACACGAAACAACGUUGUACGUAAUGAUCGAAAACUUCUAACAAUCAUAGUGCCAUGUUAAUAUUGGCCAGUUGUUUCUUACGUCCGUAUUUUAUUCUGGACGUUGCAGUACAACUCUGUAAACAAACAGAAUAUUCUAGUAAGAGAAACUUACAGUUUCCGCGUGUAUGAGAAUGUUGUGUAUGCGCGUUCAUGUGUGUAUCAUUUGAAUAUUAAGUUAUGUGAAAGAUAGAAGAUUUCAAUACGAGCUGUAAUAGAGAAAAUGAGAACAAUUGAACUGUUGUAUCUCUUCUCAUGGUAAAAUCUUAAGUUUUAAUUAUACUUUGGAACUGACAAUAUAACAAACAUUGUCCUAGAAAAUACGCUUUUGUUACCAUGAAUGUAUAACAAUAAACUAAAAUAUUUGUGCGUA